GGGGAGUACCUUACGUGGAGGCAGGGCCCAGAUGCAAGGUGGGGUGGGUGGGGUAGUGCUGAACGGACAGCUCCCGUCUCCUAAAGUACAAGACGGAGCUCCCCCCUCCCCCCUACGCCAGAAGAGCAACACAGCCAUGAACCAGCCCAGCUCGCCGUCGUCCAGACCCGCGCUCGCUCUCGGCCCGUCUCCCUGACACGCAACAGCCAUGAAGAGGCAAAACGUGCGGACCCUGGUCCUCAUCGUCUGCACCUUCACCUACCUGAUGGUGGGCGCGGCCAUUUUCGACGCGCUGGAGUCGCAGACAGAGACGAGCCAGAGGCGAGAGGUGGCCCUGCGCCGGGCCGAGCUGCUCCACACCUUCAACCUGUCCGCGGUGGACUUUGACGCGCUGGAGAAAGUGGUGCUGCAGCUCAAGCCGCACAAAGCCGGCGUGCAGUGGAAAUUCGCCGGCUCCUUUUACUUCGCCAUCACUGUGAUCACCACCAUCGGAUACGGCCACGCGGCCCCCAGCACAAACGGAGGGAAGGUGUUCUGCAUGGUCUAUGCCCUCCUGGGCAUCCCGCUCACCUUGGUCAUGUUCCAGAGCGUGGGUGAACGCAUCAACACCUUUGUUCGGUUUCUUCUCCAUCGCCUGAAGAAGUGCCUUGGCAUGAGGCGGACUGAGGUCUCCAUGUUCAACAUGGUGACGGUGGGUUUUAUAUCGUGCAUGAGCACCCUUUGCGCGGGGGCGUUGGCUUUCUCCCACUUUGAGGGAUGGAGCUUCUUUCACGCCUACUACUACUGCUUCAUCACUCUCACCACCAUCGGCUUCGGCGACUACGUGGCGCUGCAAAACCACCACGCUCUGCAGACCAAGCCGGACUACGUGGCCUUCAGCUUCAUCUACAUCCUGACCGGCCUGGCCGUGAUCGGAGCCUUCCUCAACUUAGCCGUCCUGCGCUUCAUGACCAUGAACGCCGAGGAUGAGAAAAGGGACGCCGAGCAGCGUGCUCUGCUCGCACAUAACGGCCAGGCCGGCGGACGCGUGCGCUGCGCCGCGGACCAGGCGUCGCCUUCCUCCACGGCGUCCGGGUGCGUCGGGGGAAGCGCGAUGGGCGGAGGCGGGGGAGGAGCGGCGAGUCGGGGACUGCGUAACGUCUACGCCGAGGUGCUCCACUUCCAGUCCAUGUGCUCUUGCCUUUGGUAUAAAAGCAGAGAGAAACUGCAAUAUUCCAUUCCGAUGAUCAUCCCGCGUGACCUCUCCAACUCUGACAGCUACAUGGAGCAAGGCGAGGCCUUCUCCAACCCCCUUCACUCCAACGGCUGCAUGUGCGGUCUGCAGCCCCACUCGGGCAUCAGCUCGGUGUCCACGGGUCUGCACAGCAUCAGCGUGUACCGGAGACUCAAUAAACGAAGAUGCUCCAUCUAGAGCAGCUGGAGGAAGGCGCGAUCUUAAGCCCACUUGAAAUCUACCAUGUGGCACAAGGAGCAGCACGGUCGCUCCGGACAUCGGGGGGUGACUUCCCCCCGCCCCAUUUUGCAUCUCUGUUGGUCAGUUGCAGCGUAAAGUAAGCACAAGUCAUUUACGAUUGCGGUGCAUACCUCUGCUACAACAGGUAGUCGGUUGGCCCAUCUACCUCACAGUUCUGAGGUUCGGGAUUCUAAUUUUGGCUGUAGCCUUCCUGUAUGGAGAUUGGCAGAACUGUUCGGCAAAGAAACAAAAGUUAUUUCGAGCCUUGCGCUUUCUCUUUCCAAAUGUGAAAACGUGAGUGCGGAUGGUUAUUUGUCCAUGUGCCACGCGAUUGGCCAGUGACCAGUCCAGGUCGGCUGUGAUUGGCUCCAGCUCACCCACAACCCCAAUGACCGCCAAAACA